CCAUGCGUUUGUCUCGCUCGUCUUCCCGCGUCUGCGCACCUCCGCCAGGCCUAGAGCUCCCCGCCGUCUCCCGCACACUUCACCCUCCGCACGGACAGCAUGUCAGAGUACAGCGCGGUGCCGCCGCCCGGCGCCGGAGCGGCUUUAGGAGCCGGUGGACUCAAGAAAGACGCGUUCGCCGACGCGGUGCAGCGCGCGCGGCAGAUUGCAGCAAAGAUCGGCGGAGACGUCACGGGUCCCCCCAUGAGCAAUAACGGCGGAGCGGAGAGCUAUCCCUUCGCGGCACAGAAGCGAUCGUUGGAGGACGGAGAUCAGCCCGAGAGCAAGAAGAUGGCAUCCGACAGAGACAAUGCUUCAGCGCUGUCAAUCGGAGCCCAGCUGGCUGCCCUUUCCCAGCAGAGUGUACGUCCCUCGUCUCUCACAGAAGAGUACAGAGUCCCCGACGGCAUGGUUGGGCUCAUCAUUGGUCGAGGAGGAGAGCAGAUCAAUAAGAUCCAGCAGGAGUCUGGUUGUAAAGUUCAGAUCGCUCCAGACAGCGGUGGUCUUCCAGACAGGAGCGUGUCUCUCACCGGCGGCCCUGAAGCCAUCCAGAAGGCCAAAAUGCUGCUGGAUGACAUCGUCUCCCGGGGGCGGGGCACCCCGCCAUCCUUCCACGAGUCGACCAAUGGGAGCGGCCACAUGCAGGAAAUGAUCAUUCCGGCAGGGAAAGCGGGUCUCAUCAUCGGCAAAGGAGGAGAGACCAUUAAACAGCUACAGGAGCGCGCUGGCGUGAAGAUGAUUUUGAUUCAGGAUGCUUCUCAGGGGCCAAACAUGGACAAACCUUUGCGCAUCAUUGGAGAUCCUUACAAAGUUCAGCAAGCGCGUGAGAUGGUGCAGGAGAUCCUGCGGGAGCGGGACCACCCCGGCUUCGACAGAAACGAGUACGGCUCUCGAAUAGGUGGAGGCAUUGAGGUGCCGGUGCCGCGUCACUCGGUGGGUGUUGUGAUCGGCCGAAGUGGAGAGAUGAUCAAGAAGAUUCAGAACGAUGCCGGCGUGAGGAUACAGUUUAAACCAGAUGACGGUACCGGUCCAGAUAAGAUCGCUCACAUAAUGGGUCCCCCGGACCGCUGCGAACACGCUGCCAGCAUCAUCAACGACCUUCUGCAGAGCAUCAGAGUACGAGAGGAAGGAGGAGGGGGUCCCCCCGGUCCUCCGGGCACGGGCAUGCCUCCGGGUGGGCGUGGCAGGGGGCGUGGCCCAGGUAACUGGGGCCCUCCUGGCGGAGAGAUGACCUUUUCGAUCCCCGCCCACAAAUGCGGCCUGGUGAUCGGCCGAGGCGGCGAGAACGUGAAGGCCAUCAACCAGCAGACGGGCGCCUUCGUGGAGAUCUCGCGCCAGCCGCCGCCCAACGGCGACCCCAACUUCAAACUGUUUACCAUCCGGGGAUCUCCUCAGCAGAUCGACCACGCCAAACAGCUGAUCGAGGACAAGAUCGAGGGUCCCCUGUGCCCUGUCGGACCUGGCCCGGGUGGACCGGGCCCCGCUGGUCCCAUGGGCCCUUACAACCCCAACCCGUACCAGCCCGGGCCCCCUGGUGGACCCCCACACGGGGGUCCUCCUGGCGGUCAGUAUCCUCAGGGCUGGGGAAACGCUUACCAGCAGUGGCAGCCGCAAGAUCCCAGUAAAGCGGCAGCGGAUCAUAACGCAGCGUGGGCAGCUUAUUACGCACAGUACUACCAGCAGCCCGGAGGGGGCGCCAUGCCCGGACAGACGCCCGCGGCCCAGCCUGCCGCUCCCGCUCCCGCUGACCAGAGCCAAGCUGCUCCCGGAGCCGCUCAGCCCGACUACACCAAGGCCUGGGAGGAGUACUACAAGAAGAUGGCCGCCGCAGGAGGAGGUGGAGGAGGAGGAGGUGGAGGCGCUGCUCCCGCCGCCGGAGGAGCUCAAGCCCCGGGAGCCGCAGCAGCGGGACAGACCGACUACAGCGCCGCCUGGGCCGAGUACUACAGACAGCAGGCCGCUUACUACGGACAGACGGGACAGGCCGCGGGUCAGCCGGGCGCCACACCACAGGGCCAGCAGGCGCAGUAAAGUGACGGCUGAGCUCCUUCCCUCCAUCCUCUCACAAAAGGACUUCUGCUCUUCCCGUUUUGUUUUCUUUCUCACAUCCAGCUGAAAAGCGCUCUCUCUCUCUGUCUCUCUCUCUCUCUCCUCUGAGGCUGGAUUUCUGUCCUGAAACGUUACGGCUUCUUCAAAAGACUCUUGUUUCUCCUCCUGGUUUUUGCUGGAUCCACAAGCGCUGAUGGACUAAACUCAAACGCUUCGUCCCUCCUCUUCCUCACGUCAGUGUGACUCAUGGCCAGGAGACACAAGGGAAUGCUUCUAACUUCCUCACAUGAGCGUGCACUUCCUGUUUUUUUUUUUUUUGCUGUUAUUUGUUGAGGAAACAGGUCCAUUUAGAGGAAAUCUUCAGGUGUUAAUAACUACUGUGUUUCAAACUCAAUGAAUAACCAUGUCUUUUUUUUUUUUUUUUUUUUUUUUUUUUUUUUUUUUUUUUUUUUUAAAUGCCUUUUGCUUUUAGUCCUUUUAAGUUGAUUUGAGCUGGAACAUUCCCAUUGUUUAAUGUGUUCACUUUCUAUUCAUUUAGUGAGGUUUUUUUAAUGUGAUUUCUCCUGUGAUAUCAAAUGGGGUUUCAGUGUGUGUGUGUCUCUUGUGUGCUGUGUGUGUGUGCGCGCGAGUGUGUUCUGAUACUGAAACUCAAACUGUGUUGCUCCUCACUCUGUGAAAUGAGGGUUUCUUUUUCUUUUUCCUUCCCGCCCCAAGUUAUUGGAAGUCAUGAUGUUAUAAAUAUAUAAAUUGUAUGCUUUUUUUUUACUGCUUGUUUUUAAAAACUACAAAAUAAACAUUACAAAAUCCUCAUCUGA